AUGUUCCUGGACUUCGGGGUUCACCUCUCCGGGGCCAGGGCUGGAUGUCAUACUACGCACCCUGCCAGGUGCGAUGGGGACGCCAGGGGCUUCUGCGGCGACGUGCUCUACGACCCGUCGAACGAGCACGGCGCCAGGGAGCUCCCGCCGGAGAGCGCCCAGGGCAGGGUGGUCCUCUUCUGGCGCGGGGGCGGCUGCACCUUCGCCGAGAAGGAGGCGCGGGCGCGCGCGGGGGGCGCCGCGGCGAUGCUGGUGGUCCAGUGCGAGGGCGAGGCCAUCUGCAUGACCGCCACCCGCGCCGCGCCGGGCUCCGAGCCGAGCCUGCCCGCGGCCAUGCUGUCGCGGCAGGACGGCGAGAGGCUCGUCGGGUUGGUGGGCCUCGCCAGGCUGAGCCUGACGGCAGCCCGCCCGCGCGGGCAAAGGGACGUGCCGCCGAACCGCCCGUGCGCCAUGACGGCGGGCGCCACGGACGCACUCUGGAUCGGCUACCUGCACGCGCACCUCUCCGACGAGCGCCUCGCGGCCGACGUCCGGAGCUUCCUCGACCAGCACCUGCUCCCGCGGGCGCGCGCAGGCGCCUGCCGCCCGGAGGGUGCAGUGCAGGAGGUGCGGAUCGUGCGGGGCAAGUUCACCCAGGCCAAGGUCGCCCUUCUGGAGCCUGUCUCUCAGGAGGAGGUGCGGACUCUGAACUCCAAGGCGUUCGUGGAGGGCGGCGUGGAGAGGACAGUGACCGUGGACGAUGCCCACGGGUCGCCAGGCCAGAACUGCCCGCGGAGCAUCGCGAGGUAUUGCCGUGGUGGCAACCUUCGUUUUGUCGAUCCGUGCUGGUGCAAGCACCAGGAACUCUCCACAGCCCGUGCGUCUUUCACCAUGGAUGACGUCCCCUUGGAGAGCGCGAAGGGCAACGACAUCUUGAGCGCCUUCAUGGGCAGCGCACCGUUCCACGACGGCCAGCCGACCGUAAUCUGCAUCCGAGCUAUUCACAACCUAGUGCUCGAGCGGCAGCACGAGUUCUACCGGCGCUACCUCACGGAGAAGAACGGCGAGGCACCCCGCCAGGUGGAGCUCUACCAUGGAACAAACAUGAACAUCUUGGACACGGUAUACACCCAUGGCCUGCGCCCGCCGUCAGACACCGCGCCUUCUGAUCGCUGCCCAGUGUCUGGGGGCAAGGGACUGCGGACGACUCUGUGCAACAACGACUGCAAGUUCUGCACGGUUCAGCACAAGUGGGACCGCUGCCACAUGUAUGGCCUCGGCGUCUAUUUGGGCGACCUCGCGCAGAAGUCGCACCGCUACGUCUCGGCGGCGGCAGAUGCUUGUGCGGGGCGGCGCGAGUGCAAGAUGGUGGUCUGCUCCGUGCUACUGGGUGACGCGCUGCAGCUCGAGGGGCACCUGCGGUGCUGUGAUGCCCUGCACGACAUGCAGUCCCUCCGCCAGCUCGGGGCUGGUGCCCUGCAGGGAAAGGUCGACCUGGUGUCUGCCUUCAGCGGGAGGAAGCCGGUGGACCAGCGCGACAUACUCUUCGUGAAGGGUCUCGGUGCUGCCUCGCGCCCAGGCUCCUCGGUGUUCAACUCGGAGUACAUUUCAUUCCACCCUUACCAGUGUCUCCCAAGGUACGAGAUCACUUACACAGUCGUCGGCGACGACUUUGUGUCCCAGGCCCUCAAUGCGAGGCCGGUAUCCUUCGACGAGUUGCAGGCCGCCAAGGAUGCCGGGAGCAAGUCCUGGGCCGACGUCAGGUCGGUGUCGGUGCCCAAUGCGAGCGCGAUCCUGGCGGACUCGAAGGAGAAGGACGCCGACCACUACAUCAAGACUGCGCCGCAGAGCACCCACAUGCUUGGCAGGCUGCACGGCAGCACCUGGGACAGCGUCCGCUCCAUGUCCGUGCCGACGGCCGCCUCGAUGACCGGGCCGAAGGACCCAGUGAAGCAGCUGAAGGUGCCCAAGAAGCGCAGCACCCCUGCGUGAGCGGCCGCUGGCUCCCGCGGCCUGCCGCUCCUCAUGCACCGCUCGCGUUGUAUCUGAAGGGCUUUCGGGGGGCAGGCCCGCGUUGUCGCUGGCACGUGCUCUCAGGACCAUCGACAGGGGAGGGGGCGGGCGCAGCUGCUUACGUCUGGUGAGCACACGCCGAAGUGAGCGUUGUGGCUGGGCGCGAUUUUUAUAAGUGCAGCAGAGCCGUUUGGGCUCCGAGCGGUGGAUAUCCGAGGCGCACGGUCAAUAGUCGACGGUCAUCUCUCUCCACAUUCCUGUGCCAACGCGUGGCGUGGCUUGUGGCAAAGGGGAGGCUGCGGGCUGGAGGUCCACGGCGUGUCUCCCGUCGUAAUAUCAUGAUAUCGACAUGCGCCGCGCAAUUCUCCUUCGCUGGCGCGGCGGGUUUGCUGCACCUCGUCGCUGGCAGCGGAUCCUCGUGCCUCGAGCUCGGUCGCGCAGCUGCCGCGCGGCAGAUUCAUGCUGUCUUUCCAUCCCGCAGCAGAAGGAGACGCUUCUCGUGCCUCGAGAUUAAAAGCGCAGCCGCGCGGCGGGGCGUCUGGGCUG